UCUUGGUGGUCUUUUUGGUUCGGAGGUGACUUUUUUUUUCGACCGGCGAGCAGAGGUGCGCAGACAAAAAAAAAUCAUUUUGCCUUUUAUACUACGCGGGUGCCCCUUUGGCGAGAAAAUGAUCCGCGAGACUAUCUGGCUUUAGAGGGUCGAGCAGAUGACGGUUCUUUGAUGGAGAAAUUGGGCUUAGAGCAACAGAAGGCCCUUUUGUCGUGCAUAGGAGGCCUUGGGCAAUCCGUGCGGGUACAGGCAGAAGACGGCAGCGUCAUCAGGGCGUACAAGAAGAAGCCUCAGGCACUGGAGUUCAUCAGAGAGCUGCAGGCGCUUUUGAGGGCGGACGCGAGGCGCACGGGAGCGUGGCAUUUACAGCUGAGUGAAUGGGAAACGCUAGAGAACCACUUGUUGCCGCUGCUGGCGACCUACAGAGAAUGCGAAGACCUCGUAUUCGAGACGAUCAAAUUGAUGGUUGCGUUGACGAUGCCCGCGGAUGCGGAGACGAGGGAUUGGAGAGGGCGCGCCAGGUGUUUGCAGAGGUACAAGGACGCGUUUUUGAGGCAGGACGUGAUUGCGAUUCUUGUGUCGAUGUUGUCUGGUUCCUUUGUGCGGGUGAGGGAGGAGGGGGUGGGUACGGAAUUGAUGGAUUGCAUUUUGCUGCUGUUGAGGAACUUGUUGGCGGUGCCGGAUGUGCCGGAGUCCGCGUCGAGCAGUGGGGCGCACAUGUACGUGUUGCAAAGUGAGUUCGUGGUGGCGCUGGACCGGGAGAAUUUUUUAGAAUUUGUUGCUUUGUUGGGGAACAAGAUUGAAGAGAGGAGCACGAAGAGGUUUGUACGAGCGUUGUUGGAAUUGGUGUAUUUGCUUUUUCGGGGCGAGGAUCCGAACGAGUUGGCGAGGUUUGCCGUGGAUACGGAGAAGUGCGUGGAACGUAGGCAAUUGAAGGGUGAAUCUUUGAGUAGAGCAUUAGAGGUGGAGAUGAAGAAAUCGAGGUCGGUCAAAUCGACGAGGUUUGGGGUUCGUCAUUCUCGGUUUGGAGGUACAUUUGCGGCCGUACUUGGUACGGGAGUGUCAGCAGUUGAAGAGAAGAAGAGUUAUUUUUCUUUGCAAAAACUGGUAAGUCGCGGCGUCGACGGCACCGGGGAGGAAGAAAGGGGGAGUCGAAAAGUGACACGCGAAAAAGUUCGACCCCGUUCCAACGCCGACGCGAAAAUGGUUUUGGGGAAGUUUGCUCGCCGGUUUUUGGACCACUGCUACAAUCCUUGUAUGCGAGUCAUUGAAAGCAACGGCGAUUUUGAGAGAAGGGCAGAGUUGGACAUUUCGGACAUAUAUGUAUGGGCGAUAGGUUUUUUCCAAGCCUAUCACGUUGCUCUUCACGACCUGACGGCGUCCGCGAUUCGGUACAACCCGGAUGCGAUAAGGAGCACUUUGAACAGCUCCGUCUUCCUGUUCAUGGCCGGACACAUGGACGAGUGCUCGCAACACGGCCGAUCGGACUCGUUGACCUUGUCCGUGCAAUCGGUCGGAAGGGCUUUGCGCGUUUUGAUCAAGUUGAUCGACAGCGAGAGAAAAGACCACGCCGAGACCAUUUUCCUCCGUUUGGCGUACAACUCCAGCAUUCUUUUCGACAGGAUUGCGCGCCUGGUAUCAUCUUUCAGCCGCGCGAAGCACCCGUUGGAACUUCUGGCGUCCCUGGUCGAAACGGCGCACGCCUUGCUGUCACUCUCGGAACUCAUGUCCGUUCGCGACAAAAAAAUAACCGUUUCGCGGAAAAAAAAAAAAACCUCUUUAGACGCGCUUCGCCUAGAAGAAUCCGGCCCCGCGCCUACCGAGAACGAGGAUGACUCUCAAGCCGCUUCGCACGAAAAGUAUUUUGACUUCGAGCACUAUUUAUCUCCCUACGCCAGGCCGUCGAUCAUACGGUCCUAUUCUCACUUGCUCAGGUCUUAUUUGACAAAUAGACCCAGUACCAAUGCGGCAAUAGAGUACAUCAUUCGACACGUCGUGGAUACGCUUCGCGCGCCCCACCUGUUCUUCCACACUUCCCAUCUGAAGACGUUCGUUCUCGUCCUCAAUGACCCGAGUUCCGCCCGUCGCGCGCAGACUCCGGAAAUCUCGGCCAUCCAGCGCAUCUCGAAAAGGAUACUGAACAUGCUCUUCUAUUCGCUCCGGCGCGCGCCGCUGCUCAUCGGGCUCUCGAUGCUGCGGACCGCCAAGUUAAAAGACCCGAGACUCCAGUCUGUUUUUUCUGCUUUUUGGUCGGAAGAUCGUUCUUUUGACGGUCGCUCCUCAGAUUCUGCCGAAUCUCCCCCGGCGCCGGUCCCGGUGGUCGCAGCACACAUCGACAAGAGCGAGGACUUCUCGACUUGGCUCGACCGCCUUCUCUCUGAGUCGUGCACCGAGCCCAUUGACCAAGAGACGGCAGUUCCAAAACGUCCCGCAGAGCCCAGACAGUGGACGCAGGACCAAGAUCGCCAAAUUCUGUCCCUCUUCGAAGAAUUCGCGCAGACCGUGCUGGAGGGCGACGAGAGCCUGAACAUAUUCGAAGUGAUCGUCUCUAUGGCGGACGACAUACCGCACCUGUCACCCGUCGACGUCUAUUCGAGGCUCAUUGAACUUGGGGUGAGCCAAGUGAAAAGCAUGCCAAGGCCAGUCUCCUCAGAAGAUGCGCUGGUUGGGAAUUCAGAAAUUGGCUGAAUUGAUUCUCUGUCACAAAAGUAACCGAAGGAGCAAAAACCCAACGUCGAAUCGC